AUGAUAGUUGAUGGUGGACUUUGGCUGAGUCGGCCUCGUCAUAUACCGAAAGAGGCAGUGAGGCAAGUAUCGCGAGCACUAGAAAAGAAAUCCAGAAAUGAACCAGUUGGAGUUCCCAAAAGCAAGCUGUGA